CAACAAAUUUAACUGUUUACUACGGUGGCCCACAAGUGUCACCACAUUUGCAAUUUGUUCGAUACAUUAACAUAUCGCUCACAGCAACAAUAAAUUGCUUACAGCAUUAACAAACGCUCAACAGCAUCACUAAAUUGUAUCACAGCAUUAACAAAUGACUCACAGCAACAACAAAUUGCUCACAGCAUUAACAAAUGACUCGCAGCAACAACAAGUUGCUCACAGCAUUAACAAAUGACUCACAGCAACAACAAAUUGCUCACAGCAUUAACAAAUAUCCACAGCAACAACAAAUUGCAUCGCAGAUUAUUGAACCACUAUAUGCUUUGCAAAACGAAGUAUUGAACAUUCUUGUGGACUUGUGGUACGAAAGAAUCUCUUCUUGCUGCUUUAGUGCUUUAUUAUAAAUUUUGAGAAAAAAACGAAAUGUUUUGUUCAAACUGCGGCCAUGGUAGAGAAGCAGAAGCACCAUCAAAUUUUUGUGCAAACUGUGGAGCAGAUUUGCACAGCGAUGAAAGCUCAGGAUCAGAUUUAGAACAUUCCGAAGCUGUUUUUGAUGAAGAAAGUCUUAUUAAGUACUAUUACCACCGUGGAUUCGCAUAUAAAGAGAUACUAAAAUUUCUAGAAAAACACCAUAACCAUUGCAUAAGUUAUUGUACACUUCUGAGAAGGCUUCAACACUAUGGACUUAGGAGAAAACAGCAAGUGACUGACAACACUAUAAAUUUAGUCAGAGAAAGGAUUUCAACUAUCAUUGAUGGUCCAGGUUCAUCAGAAGGAUAUAGAUCUUUGUGGCACAGACUGGAACUUGAAGGAUUAAGAGUACCAAGGGCAGUUGUUGCAGCUAUUCUUAAAGAAUUGGACCCACAAGGCAGAACUGCGAAAAUCUCACCGCCUAAAAAGGAGGUGUAUAGAAACCCAGGCCCAAACUAUGCAUGGCACAUCGAUGGCUAUGACAAACUAAAACAUCAUGGCACAGUUGAUAGACUUGUGCCGGUGUCUGAGGAAAAGAUCCAAUAUGCUUCCACGCAUGUGAUUGAGGAGGUUCAAACACAUGAACUUCAAGACUAUUUUGAGUAUGUCAGGUUGAGCCUGGGUUGCCGUGUACCUGAUUCAUGGCAAACAGCUUUGGACUUAUAUAAUUCCUUACUUGAAAUUGCUGAACAUGGAACAGAAUAA